AUAGUACACACAUAUAUAUAAUACACACAUUUAUAUAUCUGUAUAUAAAUAGACUGUCUCCCUAUUAUAGGGAAGGUUAAAUUGAACCUAAUGGGGGUCAUGACAGACUGUGCCCCCUAAACUCCUGCCCUCCCCCCAGUAAUCAUCAGUCUCCCCUUUUCUCACUCCCUUUCUGCUGAAUCUUCACUUUUCCUGAUCGUUGCCUUUUAACUUGCCAGAAAUUGCCGGUAUUUAUUUGCCCGUGGGGCAGUUUGGCAGCGUUUCUGUUGCCGUCAGAAUCAGGGAGAGAACUUUCCCUCUGUGCCGCGUGAGCUCUCAAUCCCCCCACCCCCAUACGUGCACGUUGUCAAUUCCCUCCAGUCCCUGGGGCGACGCUGUGGAACACGGAUCCCUCAAUCAGCGGCUGCUGCAACACCCAUGGGUGCUAAGGGGUCUCUUACAUUUAGUCUUUUCUGCUGCCUCUUCCCUUCACUGGAAAUUUCAGCCUUGGAUUUGCUGCAAUUUCAUUUUAUUUGCUGUUUUUUCUUCUUUCCCCUCAUUCUGUGCCUCCCCCGCACUGUCCCAAGAUUCCCAUUUUCCACUCAAUUCCCAACUUAUCCUGAUCCCUGUGCCCCAAAAUCUCUAAAUUAAGAGCAAAUAUUCCAGUUUUGCUGAGUUUGAAUUUCUGGCCUUUAUUCUGUCCUCCCGUGAAAGUGCUUCUAAUUUCUUUCAUUUCUUCUCGGUUUCAGUUUUUAUUUUGUUUUCAUGGGCUUUUUUGUUACACAAAUGAGCUCGAUUUUAUUUAAAAAUCAAUCCAAACGUAUCCCAUAAUUUAAACAGCACUUUAAAAUCCCCUCUGUUCAACUCAUUUGCAUAUUUUUGUAGGAAAUGUUUUAACUGAGAACGUCCAACAUCUGAAGUAUUUAUUUUGUGUACUUUUUUUUUUGGUUGGAAUUUGUUUGUUUUUUCCGGGUCAUUUGCUCACAUUUAGAAGAGUAAUGUUUAAAGGGUAAAUGUGCAAUGAGUUGGUUAUAUCUAGUGGGAGGGGCUUAUUGGAGGAGGGCAUUUAUUGCUGGGUGUUGAUAGGCUGCUGAAGGACUAAGGCAACAAAGGCAAAUAAAUGCUGUGGAUUUUGCAGAAUAUUCAUAUUUACCAAAAACUGACUUUUUGUACCAGGGAUCCGUUGGAGAAGUUGCGCGACUGCACAAUUACACGACAUUUGAGGAAAUUCUAAAUUUGGAAAAACAUCAAGGAUUUUUUUAUUUUAUUUUGAUUCCCAGGAAAAAUCUGGGCUUGUGUUUUGUGUUGAUGGCAAAGUCCCCAGUGAGCGACGCAAAGGGAAACCUCAGUUAGACACGACCAAUCACGGGCCAUGGAGGACAUCAAGAAGUGCGGUUACCUGCGCAAGCAGAAAUCCAUGCGGAAAAGGUUCUUCGUCCUCCGCAGUCCUGGAUCUCGGGGGCCGGGCCGCCUGGAAUACUACGAGAAUGAGAAGAAGUUCCGAUUGGCGGAAGGUUCUGGCGGCCCGCGGGGUACGCUCAACCUAGAGGAGGCAUUUAGCGUUAACAAGAGGUCGGACGCAAAGAGGAGGCACCUGCUGGUGAUUUACACACGGGACGGGGGACUGGGAAUGUCGGCCGAUGGGGAGGAAGAGCAGGAGGAGUGGUACCAAGCCAUCCUGGAGGUGCAGGCACAGGGUCUAGCCCUCUCCUCAUCUCCAGAAGCAGCUGCCUGGCCCGGCCCAGCAUUCAGAGAAGUCUGGCAAGUCAGUGUCCGUCCACGAGGCCUGGGCCAAACACGCAAUCUCUCCGGCAUCUACCGGCUCUGCCUUACCGAACGAACCUUGGGCCUCCUACGCUUACGUUCCGAAAAUCCUUCUGUCACCCUACAGCUCAUGAAUGUUCGUCGCUGUGGUCAUUCUGACAACUACUUCUUUGUGGAAGUAGGACGCUCCGCUGUCACAGGUCCAGGAGAACUCUGGAUGCAGGUUGAAGACUCGGUGGUCGCUCAGAACAUGCAUGAGACCAUCCUUGAGGCGAUGAAGUCUCUAAGUGAGGAAUUUAGGCCUAGGACCAAGAGCCAGUCCCUUUCAUCAACCCCCAUUUCUGUCCCAUCUCGACGUCACCACCCAAACCCUCCUCCUCCAAGCCAAGUGGGCUUUUGUCGUCGCUCAAGGACUGAGACACCCAAUGAAAGUUCUCCAGUCCCAAAACCUCACUCUUUAUCCAAAGAUUAUUCUACCCAAUCAACUGAAGAGGAGGAAGAGGAGAAAGGUGCACAGCUGGAAACUAACGAGCCUUCAGCGGACUAUGGCUCUGCUUCUUCUGAUGAAUAUGGUUCUAGUCCAAGUGUUGUGGAACCUCAAGCAUUCCCACCUCCAUCUCCUGGGCCAAGAGAGACCAAUUAUAUCUCUAUGGCGCUGUAUGGAAGAAGAUCACAGGUGAUGGAUCCUAUUUCUACAAAUGCCAAUGUGACAGAGGAGGAGGGUGGCAGAGUAUCUGUAUUUCAGGAAGAAGAUAAUUAUGCCAUGAUGGGGCGUCGUGAGCCGCGCCAGGAGACUGGUUACAUGCCCAUGCUACCUGGCAGUAACAAGUCCCAAGAUUACAUGGCCAUGACACCCACCAGCAUCUCACCCCCCGCCCAUGUGGAAAUGGCUGGUUAUGUUAUGAUGUCGCCCCUUGGCAGCUGUUCUCCUGAGACUGAGAGGUUGAGCUGGCCACCAUCCCAGGAGGUAUCUGCCGGCAGUUCUGAUAGCCAUGCUUCAGAUUAUAUGAACAUGUGGCCACUGAGCCGCUCAGCCUCAAGCACGCCACCUCCACAGGAGGCUUGUCUAUUCUCACCUGGUGGGCCCUCUAGGGUGCCAGCUUCAUACCGUUCUUUGCCUCGUUCAUACAAGAUGGAACCACUACCAUCUGCCCGCACUUCUUGCUCCUCAUCCUCUGACAGCUUGGAAGAGUUGAGUGCUGGGAGGAAUCGAAGACCUCUCAGUAUUUCUGUUGACACUUGGAGUACAGGAAUCUUGUCUGGGAACUACCGUCGGCCCCCCAGUCCUGGAGAAUAUGUCAGCAUCCAUUUCAGGGCCCCUCAAAAGAAGACCUCAGGGAAGGAAGCUAUUGAUCCCCCAACAGAGUACAUUUCCAUGGAGGUGCAGCCCUCUGCAGUGCCGAACGGAGACUACACGGAAAUGGAUUUUGUGCCUCACGGAACUUUACAGCCUCGUGUUAAAAUGAAUAACGGGGAAAAUGCCUUUAAACCUUCUAUGGAGAAAUUACUGCCGGCCUUAGAGAAGACUCCCCCGGAGAAGGAUUCCUGGACUGUAGAUAAAGUAUUGUGGCCAAUGACUCCAAAAGAGACAUCUCCAAAUGGCAAACUGGCGGCAGGGCUCCUUAUAGAAAGUGAUGUAGGGCGCCCCGAAAAGGUUCUGGCACCAAAGCAUUCGGCUGAAGAUUCUGAACUGAAAAGCUUGGUGUGUGCGGUCACUGGCUGCAGCUUAAACAUGGGGCAGGACCGUGCCAGUCUGAUGCGGUUAGACGCUCCCGUCCGAAAAAGGCACUGCCCUGAAACCAUCCGUCCUCCCGCCCCCUGCAACGGAACACGGCCCAUGGCACUGGAGCCAGGACUUAACUACAUUGACUUAGAUCUGUCAAAAGAAGCGGCAGGUGCAAUUCCAGCACCAAUGUUGGUUGGACCGGGUGCAGCACCACCACCAAAGACUGGAUCUCUGGGCACUGCCCCCAACAUUAACACCUAUGCCAGCAUUGACUUCCACAUGUCUGGGGAGCUGCGCAGAGGCAGCCGGGAUGGGACAGAAUGUUGAGAAGCCGCAGCGACGUCCUCGUAGCCACAACCCCCUGUGACCCGGGAGACUCCACCAUCCCUGGCGCCUGGAGAAACAGGAGAAAUGUCGCAGGGGGCGGAGCCUGAGUGGACGGGAUGCAUUUUAUUUUCUUUCUUUUUUUUUUUUUUGCACUUCUGUAUCUUUAUAUUUGCAAUUUGUCUGUGUUGUUGUUACGCAGUGCCUUGUGUUCCGCAGGAAAUGCCAUUUCCCCCCGAGCCUUACUGGAAGCACCAUGGCAGCACCGCAUGUACCCGCAGCUAAAGGGAAUGGGGCCCCGGGGCCCCUGCAAUGGGAAUUCAUGCAAAAUCUCGUAUCUUCUCUGAUAGGCUGAAGUCUGAUCCCAGGACUCUCAUUAACUGGAUCAUAGGAACCUGGAUAACCAGGGGGGCGGUACUAGGGUUGCCACCGGGCCGCUAUUUUAUUGGUCUGGCCGGUAAAAAUAACGGUCAAUCCCAAUGUUAUUAAUAGGGAAAAAGGAUAAAUAUAUAGGAAGGCCGGGAUUUUUUUCCAGAAAAGGUGUCAACCCUACAAACUACCCUAAAUGCUGCCCAAUGACCCUAACUGCCACCCGGGUACUGAUUGAUAGCGAUGGGGGUAACAAUGGACUGCUGCCCAUAGCAACAAGGUGCUCAGCUUUAUAAUUAUUAUUGGGGGGAGGGGUGCUUAAAGGUACGGUGACUUGUGGCACCUUAAGGAACUUUCUGGGUCAGGUGAAACCGACAGCCAAUCAGAAAGUUUUUACUGACGUUCUGCCAAUAUAAAAAGGAAACUUGAAUGUUGCGUUGGGGUCCCGGUGGGUCCGGUGUCCCCUGUUCUGAUACCAAAUAAUAGUGAGAUAUAAAGUUCUGUUUAUGGAAAUGAGAUCUAAUAUAUGUUACGGAUAGUAAAUAGCGAUAGAGAGGGCGGAGUCACGGAGGAAUGAGAGAGUUUUAUGAUGCCCCCCCGCAGGGCAGGGAAAUCUCUCUCACCCCCCCACCCGAGGCGCCUCCGCAAGCACAGGUACCGCUGCCGCCCGUAAAAGCCAAAAAAGCGACUGAAGACUUGAACCGUGAGAUGGUGCUCUCCUCACCCCCCUGUGCUUGUGAAUGAAUGGAACAUUCCAGUAGCGGAUAAGGGGGUGGGACCGCAAUCUGAGCCAAUAAGGAUGCUUCUAUGAAAUCAACCUCUGAUAGGUCAAUGGUACUUAGGCCCUUAAGGGACCCAUUGCAAUGGUACGAGCUGCCCCUCACUGAGGCCUGAAACUACGGCUGCUGCACAUGAUGUUGGGGGGCCCUCAAUGAAAAGAGGUUUAUUGUCCUGAAUAAGCUACAACCCUAAUAAUAAAGCCUUUCAACCCAA